UUGAUAUUAUGGAAAGAUUAUAAAUUCACUUCAGAUUUUAUGUCUUAACGAUUUGUGUCUUAACGAUAUAAAAAAAAAUUGUCAGAACAGUUAUAUCGUUCUAUACAGAAGAUUUAAGCGAUGAGAAUAAUAAAGUACUUCUUUUUUUUUCUACGUUGUUUGCUCGGGCCUUUCUUCAAAUUGCAAGGUUUGAAGAAAAGACUGCGAUGUCCACCGAUCGAAGAUCAAAUUUUGCUACUAUCGGCGACAGAAAUUGCCCAGAAAAUCCGUAAAAGAGAAAUCAGCUCCGAGGAAGUGAUCGUCACGUAUGUGAAGCGAUGCAAGAUAGUGAAUCCGUUGAUCAAUGCUAUCGUAGAAGAUCGUUUCGAUGCGGCAAUUCAAGAAGCACGUGAAAUCGAUAAUUUCCUACAAUCAACAAUAAUAGACGAGGCGAAAAUUGCGAACGAGAAACCGUUACUCGGGCUACCUAUCACAAUUAAAGAAAGUAUUGCUGUUCAAGGAAUGAGUUAUUCUGUGGGAAUGAAAGAUGUUUCCUUGAAAGCGACAGAAGACGCCGACGUUGUGGCGAGGAUUCGCAAGGCCGGUGGAAUUCCUCUUCUUGUCAGUAACACUCCAGAAUUGUGUAUGUGGUGGCAUACAUUUAACAAAAUAACUGGUAUCACCAGAAAUCCCUAUGAUACACGGAGGACCGCUGGUGGCUCUUCCGGUGGCGAGGCUGCUCUUCUUGGCUCUGGCGCUUCGAUUCUAGGUUUAGCUUCAGACAUCUGUGGAUCCGUUAGGCUCCCGGCAAUGUUUUGCGGUAUUUUUGGCCAUAAACCCACACCAAACUGGAUAUCAAUAGAAGGUCAUAAACCUAGUUCAAAUGAUAAAAAUUGGUCUACAUUUUUCUCAAUUGGUUCAAUGGUCAGAUACGCUACAGAUCUGCCUCUGUUAUUAACAGUGAUGUCACAAUCAGAUGAAGCCAGGAUUACCUUUAAUAAAAAGGUGCAUCUGAGCGACAUAAAGUAUUUUUAUAUCGAUAAUUACGGCCCGCUUCCAGAUUUAAUAACAACUGAUAUAAAAGAAGCAAUUUACAAAUUAAUGAGACAUCUAGAAGCAAUAAGCGGUGUUAAAGUGGAAAAAGCAAAUUUUGAAGAUAUAAAACGAUCUUUUGAAUUAAGCGCGAUUAUUCUUCUCAGUAUCAAAGACAUAUAUUCAAUAUUUAAUCGUUGGGAUAAUCCUAAGAAAUCGAAGAGCGUGUCCAUGGAAAUACUAAGAUAUAUUUCCUUCAUGUCGCCGCAUACUUUUCCUGCUAUUUUUUUCGGACUAAUCAAGAAUAUUGUCGAAAGUUUCCCAGUCAGCAUUUAUAACGAAAUGAUGGAACUAAGGACGCGAUUGAGAAAGCAAUUUGAGGAGCUGCUGGGUAAUGAUGGCGUAUUAAUUUGUCCAUGCUUUACUUCGUCGGCGCAUUAUCCUCACGAAUGUUUAUACAACAUAUCUAAUAACACAUUCAUGAUGAUUUUCAACGUGCUGGGAUUUCCGGUCACGCAGUGUCCACUUGGUUUCGAUAAAAAUCAACUGCCGAUUGGACUUCAAAUCGUCGCGAAUCCGGGCUGUGACCAUUUGACGAUUGCUGUGGCGCAAGAAAUCGAAAGAAAAUUUGGCGGUUGGCAAGAACCACAGGAUAGAGAAGUCGUCUGAGAAGCAUAGUAUAAUUUAUAUGGCA